AUGGGUGCCAUUCCGGAACACGACCCCGACGAGCCCGUCGAGACCAAGCCCUUCAAGUUCGUUACUGGUUACGACGCCCGUUUCCCCCAGCAGAACCAGACCAAGCACUGCUGGCAAAACUACGUCGACUACUACAAGUGUGUCGAGGCCAAGGGUGAUGACUUCCGCCCCUGCAAGCAGUUCUACCACGCUUUCCGCUCCCUCUGCCCCAAGGCCUGGACCGACCGCUGGGACGGCCAGCGCGAGGCCGGCAACUUCCCUGCCCACCUUGACCGGUAA